AUGACCUCCAAAGACCAGGCCGGUGGUGCCAACGCUCCGACCGGCAAUGACGCCUUUUCGAAACCACGGUUUACUGGGCGCUCCGACCGACCUGGCCCGCCGAGUAUCAUCUCGUCGCGAAUGACCGAUAUAGCAUCCGACGAUGAGGGGGAAGCUGCAGCGCAGGCCCCUUCCGAGAACAACCCUCGAAGCAAAUCCGCCAUGGACUCCAUCUCUCGGCCAGGAACCGCCAAGACGGGGACCAGCGGACCCUUGGAAGGCCGCCGACGAGGCCCACCCUCACGGAUGAAUUACAUCACCAGUCUCCACGACAAGAGGCGAAGCACUGGGGCCGGCAGCACUGCUGGCUCCGUCACCAGCCGGCCGCCGAGCUCGACCGGCCGCAGCCAUGUGCCCUCUCUCACAUCUUCCGCCUUCUUUCGUCCCAUGAGUUCCCAGAAGCUGCAGGCCCAGCGUGGCGGUUCUCGCCCCGUAACUCGUCAGCAGCCCAAAUUGGACGACGUCGAGCCUGAACCCCGUCAGAGUGACGCAGCGGCCGCCGCUGUCGCCAGCGGCGGCCCGAACACUCGGCACAGCGUCAUCUCCAACCCCGUUUCAAACCCUGUCGCCCGUCUCCAGCGGCAGCUCACCGAGGACAGCGAAUUGCGCCCGCCCCCAUCCCGCGGGACCGAGUACACUGAGCAGGGAACGUACGACCGAAUCACCGCAAAUACGAGUCCAACCCACGGCCACUACGCCGCCGGUAGCGUGUCCGAGAGCGUCACCCCGUUACACCAAAACCAGCGUAACAGCCGAAACCUGAGCGUCAAUGUUGAUAGAGGCUUCAAAGAACGGGGCAGCCAACCCGGCUCCGCCAAGUCCCCGCGAUCGUUCCGCUCAAGCUUUCUUUUGCCGAUACGUGGUGACCAGAGCCAGACCAAGUCAAACCGGAGCCUGCCUGGUGGAGAGAAGCUCUCGUCCACUGCCUCGACCCCUCAGCUCAACCCGACCCACCCGACCGGGCCUGCUAACAGCAACAGCUUGAACAAGUCCAAGUCCAACCUCGGCUAUGUUUUCCAGUAUUUCGAGGGCAACACGGUUUUCUGCAUGGGCGGUCGAUUCCAGAACACUAAACAUAGACCUGUCAACGUGGCCACUGGCUUGUUCAUCGUCAUUCCGGCCGUCCUCUUCUUCAUCUUCUCUGCGCCUUGGUUAUGGAACAACGUUAGCCCUGCCAUUCCGCUUACUUUCGCCUACUUAUUCUACAUUUGCAUCUCUUCCUUCCUCCAUGCUUCCGUGUCAGACCCUGGUAUUCUGCCUCGGAAUCUUCACGCCUUUCCUCCUGUCGAACCAACCGACGAUCCUCUCCGACUUGGCCCGCCGACUAACGACUGGACGCUGAUCAAGUCGGCCGAGUCAUCGACAGCUGCAAUGGAGGUCCCGGUCAAGCAUUGUAGGACAUGCAACAUCUGGCGACCUCCCCGUGCUCAUCACUGUCGCCUCUGCGACAACUGUAUCGAGACCCACGACCACCACUGCGUCUGGCUCAACAACUGCGUUGGACGUCGCAACUAUCGCUAUUUCUUUGUCUUUGUGUCCUCGGCCACAUUCCUCUCCCUUUAUCUCUUUGGCGCCUCCCUUGGCCAGAUCAUUGCCCACCAGAACCGGUCUGGCAUCUCCUUCAGCCAAUCCGUUGACGACUUCCGCGUGCCUUUUGCAAUGGUUAUUUAUGGCUUGCUCGCAUUCCUCUACCCUGCUGCCCUCAUGGGCUAUCACAUUUUCCUCAUGGCGCGAGGCGAAACGACACGAGAGUACAUCAACUCCCACAAGUUCAUCAAGAAGGAACGCUUCCGGGCUUUUACCCAAGGGAGCAUGCUCAAGAACUGGGUCGUCGUUUUAUGCCGGCCGAGGCCCCCCACGUACUAUCAAUUCAAGAAGAGAUACAGCGCUGGGGACCAGCGCCUCGGCGCCUUCCGCGACCAGCCCAAGCACGAUGCCCAGAGCAUGGAGAUGCAGAACGUCAGGCCAUCCGCCGGCUUCCAAGGACCCGUUUCUUUGCGCAACGAGACAAACACAUCCACGACAUAA